AUGGCCACUGAUAUUAGCUAUAUGAAUCGGAUCAUAGAUCAAUAUAAGAAGGAAUCCGCUGAUACCACCACCAAGUUCACCACGGCGCCGCCCAUGAUCACUAGAGACUUCCUCGGCGGCGGUGGUGCCGCCGCCGAAAGAAUAUCGUUAGACGAGGAUAAUAAACAUAUUUCCACCGAGUUGGAGAAAGACAAUAUAGAAAUAUGUAAAUUUCCGGGCACUCUAUCAUUAUCAAUGGAUAGUAACUACCAGAAAUGCAACCAAAUAGCUCCAAAGAAGCAACUCAUUAACGACUUAGGGAUUGUUUCGACGACUUCAGUUUACCAAAGUGUGUGCACUCUUGACAACGUGAAGUUGGCACUAGACAGAGUCGAGAAAGAAACGAGCAAGAAGCGUUUGAUUACAGGACAUCAGAAAUCAUCUCACGUUGAUUCAAGUUUAUCAUCAUUUGCAACCGGUUGUCCAAAUUGCAACUUCUAUGUUAUGAUAUCCAAGAACAAUCCAAAGUGUCCGCGAUGCAAUGCUCUUGUUCGAUGUCCGAUCGCGAUGAAAAAACCCCGUUUUGAUCUUAAUUUGUCUAUAUAA